AUGGAAAAUGUAACUGGAGGUGAUGUUUAUAAGUGGUGUGUAGAGAAGGGAAUAGACCGUAGAUGUAGUUUUGGCUUGGGGGGAGAUUUUGAUGGGAUUAGUGAUGAAUUGGUACUGAAGGAAGUAGUCAAACUAUAUGGAGUAUGUCAUCCGUAUGUGGUAGAUAGAUGGAAGGGUUCUGUAGGUAACACGGUUGUAUUAUUAAUCAGCAAUGAUAAUAGUUUAGACUCUAUACUGUUACCAGGAAUGAUAGCGCUUGAAAGUGUUCCGGCAAGACGGAUGAAAAUUCUUUGGCCGGAAAUGAGUGGAGAUGGGGGAGAAGGAGAUAUCCCAGAGGUACCAAAUCAAAUGGAGGAUAUUGCUGUUGAUGGACAAGACAAAUCGAUGGGUGUGAAUGUAGACACCGGCCGUUGCUCCUCUGCUGAAGCAGUGGUAGAUAAAGUUGUCAGCCAAUUGGAAAGGUGGCAAUUUGAAGGGGGGUAUCGGAGGCUGAGAAUAUUCUCGGGGAUCAUCCCUGUUCCAGCUGGCGAAGAAAAUUUUGAAUUGUGGAGAGAAGCCGCCGUUCAACAUUCUGAAGAGUGGCAAUGCCCGGAGCAUGUAAAAAGACAAAGAGUAGUGGAAAGUUUGAGGGGACCUGCGAUGGGAGUUAUUCAAGCCACCAGGAGGAGCAACCCUAAAGCCACACUGGGUGAUUACCUAGAAGCGUUAGACUUCUCUUAUGGCACCUUAGAAGAUGUGGAAGAUCUGUUGGCGCGAUUGAAUAGUACAUACCAGGAAUAUGGAGAGUCAUUGACUCAUUAUAUAUAUCGGGUGGAUAGGUUAAUAUACAAAAUCAUCGAUAAAGGAGGAAUGAAUAAGACACAAGCCGAUGAAAAUCGAAUUAAGCAGGUAUUGAAAGGGGCUCUCACCAGUAGUCCAGUGGCACAAAAGUUAAGAUGUACCAUGUGCAAGGCGAGUCCCCCCACUUUAAGUGAGUUGGUAAGGGAGGUUAAACUUGAAGAGGUACAGAUCGAGAAUCGAGAAAAAACUAUAAAAAAGGUGAAAGUUGUGAUACCUGCCCCAGAUAAGCCGUCGCUGGAUGAACGGUUAUUAACUCUAAUAGAGGAACAAAACAAGAAAAUUGAGCAGUUGAUUGCCCUACAGUCCAGUAAAAGCUCUCAGCCGUAUAGGAUGUUCGGAAAUUAUGGACGUGGUCAAGGGAUGAACCGCAGAGGAGAGAAUCGGAAUCCAUUAAUAUGCUAUGCGUGUGGUCAGGUGGGACAUCGAGCUUUUGAGUGUCCGGUUACUGAUUCAGAACAAAGGGAGAACCGAGGAUACAAUCGACAGAGAUCAUCCCCGUCGGAGAACUUAGGCGGGAGUUCUGUGGCCCCCUCACAGACUCCCCAAUCAUAA